AUGGCUUUCAAAUCUUUCAAGUACAAGUUUUAUUCCAAAGGAUAUCAUUGUUCUGCUGCGCAGAAGUCUUCGACUUCGUUUUUUGACAGUUCGUACCAGUAUUUGAGACAAAAUCAGGGCCUGGUGAACCUCGAUACGGCUAUUCCACAGGCCAAUGUACCACAUUUGAGUCCCUACCCUGUACUGGGAGCCAAUGUGAACUUUAAUAUAGUGGAUGAUGUCCUUUUACAAGAGGUAGAUGUUGUUAUAACGGAGGAUUUGAGUGAUUCGCAUGAUAACGAUGAACAACAGCAAUUGAGACGUCAUAGAUCGAAUUCCAUAGCUUUAACGAGUCAGUCCGCGUCUGCUAGUGCUAUGAUGAGGAGGAAAAGUAUGGGUGAGAUUGGAAGACCGCUUUUCCCACAAAUGCAUAAGGAUGUUGUGAUAGAUCGGACGUUAUCUCGUAGGUAUUAUUCCAAUGCUACAAUUAGUGGGUCGACAGUGGUGAAUAAGAGAGAGCAGAUCGUACAGAUACCGAAAUUGGAACCUGUUGAGCAAGUGAUCGAGCAAGUGGUCUCACCUUGGGAAGAAGAUACAGAGCCUUGUUUGAACCACGAGACUUUCCUUGCUACACAGGUCGCGGAGAUCGAACGCUGUUAUGCAAAGGGUGACUAUAAUAUGAUCAAUUCACUGUAUCAGGCGCUUAAGCGUAACGGUAUCGUACCACCAGUCAACGUAUACUUCAAAGUGCUUGAGUCGCUAGCGAAGCGUGAUUUGGACAAGGAUGACCUCGAUUAUAAGAUGUCUGAAUUGCUUACUUGUUAUCAAGACAUGAUUGUUAGCAAGCUCAAACCCUCGGAUGAGAUUUAUAACACUGUGCUAGGGUGUCUUUUCAAAGGAUCUAUCCUCGCUUACAAGACUAAUAAUCCGAACGGUCUAGAUUUCUACAAGAUUGCUUCCGAAUUGUUCCAGGCAAUUGAUAACCAGCACAGACACCCAAAGUUUUCCAAGGAAUUGCUAGACCAGGCACUACUGGGGAUGAACUUAUACCCAGGUCACGUCUCUUUGCAAAACGCUCUCGAGAUUGUUAAUUGGUCUCCACUGUACACUAAAGACUCCUUUUACUACUUGGCAUUUAUCUCGUACGCCAAGCUCACUAAUGAUAAAAUUAUGAUUAAAAAACUUUACGAAGAAUACAGAAUCUCACUGGUAUCAGACAUUUCACUUAAGAAGGGCGAAUUUGAAGUUUACUCCAUGGUUAUCUCCGGUCUAGUGGAGACUGGUGAAGUAGAACUUGCCAUCAAGUUAUUGGACCGAAUCAUGAUCGAUGUUAGAGAACAGAAUGGCCUCGCUGCAAACGUUUCGUUGAUUUUGUCGAACUUCCUAAUUUCUGUCAGUAAGAUCGAUCCUCACAGAGCCUAUAAACUUUGGUUCAAAUUCCAUCAGAUAAAGUGGAUUCCUGAAUUCUCCUACGAGUUCUACCUUGUCCUAAUGGCCAACAGUUUCCAAGACUGGAAUCUCACGAAAAAGAUUUACGACUGCAUUUUACCAAUGAAGCAGUCCUUCAAGAAAGAUAGAAACAAAUUGUCUGACUACUUAUUGCAUCCAAUGGGUGUAGAGUCAGUGAUGAGUUCGUUGCUAGAUUACGCUCUUCAAUUGAAGGACAAUGAAGUGAUAAUGAAAAUCCUCGAAGAGUCGGUUAUAAAGGGAUUCAGAGUAAACGCGGGUGUAUAUUCGUACGUUUUCUCCUACCUAAAAGAGAUUCGUUGCCCAGACGAUUAUUUGCUUAGAUUAGUCGAGUCCCAUGGAUCGGCAUUGAGAGAUGACAAGGCUUACGCUGAUAGCUUCGAAUUUUUGAAUGCUCUCAUCGAGCAUUUCCCAUCCCAAGUAAUCCUCAAGAAAGUCACAGAGAUGGAGUUCUUCGCCGAUUUGUGCCGCAAUCUCAACGUCGCCGAUUCAAAAUCUGUCAAUUUUGGUGGACUCAUUGGCUGCAUGACCAGCUUGUGGGGUUCACCUCAAACGAUUGAUAAAUACGCGAAGAACAUUGAGAUUCACGCUAUUCUGCUUACCAAACUACUCGAUUUCGAAGCUUACUGCAUAGUCAUGGGAAAUGAAAUGUUGAUAGAUUUCAGAGACAAGCUGGUCGAUAGGUUUAAAAAGCUAGCAACGAACUACAAGAGACUAAACCUGGAUCCAAAUCAAGUACCAGGCGUCGUUUCUCAAGUGGUGAAGAUGGUCGAUGUGCCUGAAGAAGUCACCUCAUUCUACACGCAUCCAGGUGACUGGGAUAAGACUUACGCUUUGGCGUUGGGGGGAGCUAUCAGGAACUCGACAAGAACAGGCAUUAAAGAAUUUAGAAGGCUUCAGAGCGAGGGAUACUGUUUUGACUUCGAUACUUAUAAGGAACUCAUUCAUCAAAGAACUAUUGACGGAGAGAUCAUUUCCAAGUCUCUUGAGUUAUGCCCCAGCAAGGAGGAAUUACAAUACCUAGCUAAUGCGAUUGUCGUAAAAUGCUUCAACCAAUCCUUAGAAGAGUACGUUUUGAAGCACCCAUUAUUCAAAGAGAAACUACUUCCAUCACUGAAGGACGAAUCUCUAUUGCGUUUAGCCAAGAACACCCCAUCGAUAAGCGAAUGGGCCAAUGCGGUAGAAUUCCCACAAAGGUUUAAGAGCAUCGCUGUCCAGGCGGAAUUUAAGACUUCUAUUCAAUACGCUUAUGAACGCUUAUACCACCAAAAGAGUUACUCAGAGAUCUUACAUUUCAACAAGGUAUGCCCUGCUUUAAAUAUGGAGAUUCUCCUGAAGAGCUGCAUAAGAUCUGGAGAAUACGAGCUGUACCAGCAGCUCUUUGACAAAUUCAGGGAUAGUUUGGGGCCCAUAGCCUUGGAUAUUCAAAGUGAAUUUUUGAUCAAUAACUAUAAAGUAGACGAGGCAGUCAACUUGAUCAAAUCUGCUAGCGUAAAGACCCCCCAUAAAACGUUGGAUAUUUAUACUUUUGCAUUGUUUUUGCAAAGUUUCUCGAAGAAUAUUACCUAUUAUGAAAGCCCAGAAAACACUCUGCAAUUUGCCAACAUUCUGUCAAGCCAGUCAUCAUUUUCUGGAAUGCUGGCCUUGUUUGACGUGGUCUCACACUCUGAAUUAUUCAACUUUGACAGCAAUGUUAAAUUUAUGGUAAAAAAGGAGAUUCUUGAGCAAAUGCUCAACAACCUGCAUGACGCUUCUGCUCUAGUUGACACCUCUCGCGAAGAAGUGAAGAAAGCAUUCGCUAAGAAACUACAAAGCUAUUUCAGAUUCAGAGCUUUUAUGAAAAUGCCACAAUUGAGUAAAGAAGAUAUCGGCCAGCUCUUGACAAUAUGGUCCAGAACAGAACCCUUUAAUGUUGACACUUUCUUCAAUAACAUGGUUGAAACGAUCUGUUUGAAUCCAAACGGAAGAAAUCUUUACCUAGAAUGCGACAUGACAUUCCAAUUUGAGGGAAAAGAUAUUCUCGAUUUUAAUGACACUUUGAAGAAGUUUUAUCAAUCGGAGAAAGAUGACGAGAAUGUUGCUAAAGUUGAAAAAUUCACCACUUUAACAACAGAACUUCUGAAGAUAUGA